GAGAAAAUUCCUUUGAAAGGGAGGAAGGCAUGGCUUCUUUCAUAGUCAGCGAGGUUGACGAGAAAGAAAAUUCUGAGAAUGGGGAAAUUUUCAUGCAACAGCAAUCGGGAAAGGUUUCUAAAAGAAAGAGAAGACUUUUUCUCAGUGAUGAGUGGAACAUGAAAAUCUCGGAACUCUAUGAAAAAUUCAAAGAUGAUCAGAACUGUAGUCAUCUUAUAGCGGAAUCCCUAGACGCUGAUGGUAAAGCUUCAGCUGCUCAAGUUUCCAACAAGCUUAAGCAACUAGGAUUUAAAGUUCCAUCAAAGAAAAGGGUGCGCCAUACUGGUGGUACUUUUACUGCUGGUCCUGAUGAACCUGGCGAAGAACAAAAAGCUGUUGAAACCGAAAAUAAUGUUCACAACUCAAAUGACCCAGAAGGAAGUCUUCUGAGGCAACCUUUGAACACUAAAAAAAGAGUGCGUGAUUUCAACAGUGAUCAAGAGGCUAUGAUUAAAGUUUUAUUUGAACGGUACAAAUGUCAUAAGAGGUGUAGCUAUAUGAUUGCAAAUGCGUUGGAUGGUGAGAAAAAGUUCACCGCUGCCCAGGUCUCCCGUAAACUCAAGCAUCUUGGUUUGCGUCCUCCUCAACAGAAGAGGUCUGAAGCCCAAAUGCACUUGAGAGAUGAAGAACUCAAUGACUCUUCUAUUGUUGAAGCACAUGAUUCGGACAAAGAAACAUUGCUAUCACUCAGGAAUAGGCGCAAAAGGAAAGUAAGCAAUGAUUGUGGUGGCGGGUUGUCUGUUGAGGGAUCGCAAGAAAUAGAUAUGCAAGGAAAACUAUCAGAUGAUUCUGAUGAUGAAACCUUAAGCUCUGUUUUCAAGAAGUCUAGGAAGCUCCAUUCAAAACAGAAGGAUGACAGGCUGGAAACAAUACAGGUUGAGAAGACAAAUGAAGAUGCUGGAAAUGGUUGUACUACAAAUGCUAUGGGAAGGGAUAGUUGGAAUCAAUCUAGUCGAAUGGAUAUUGCGGAAACCAAUCAAGAUAUCUCUAUUAAGCAUGCCAACCAGGAAGGCACUUCAGUUUCUGAAAUGAACGGCUCUAAUAUUUCAAGUUUUUCACCUGUCAAUAAUGCUGAUGAUUUGCCACAUCAACUCAUGGAUGAUGAGUUGGCAGAUUCAGCCUAUGAUGUUGCUGCUGGUGAAAUACUGAGUAGUGCUGUAAGUAGAAGGAAGCUGAGGAUGGUAAUGGAUCCUGAGGAUGAGGACUAAGAUGUAAGCAUGAUCAGGUGAUCAUGCCUUCUGCUGGUUUCAGCUUGCAUUAUAUUUUGGGAGAGCUUAAAUUGUGUAUUAUAUUUAAACAGAUAUUGUAAGGGACAAAGGGUGCUCAGCAGGAUUGUAUACUUGUAGGAGCAGAUACGGGUUUAUAGGAUUUUAGCAUGCUGUGCCAAAGCUGGUGAUGUAAAUUUUGAUUAUUUAAUGAUUUGUAAAUGCUUUCUUGUACAUAAAGGAAUUCCUAAUAGAUUCCAA